ACUACUACUACUACUACUACUACUACUACAGGAACAGCUUCAGCGGGCACAGUUGCAGUUGAAUAAGCUGCUACAGGACUUUGAAGAUGAGACCAACACCCUCGUCAAGCUUGGAGACGCAUCUAUAGCCGCGCCCUUCACCUCCAAGCUCUCCUCCAUACAGUGUGUGUGCCACAUCAUCAAGCAGGGCCGCUGUACGCUGGUGACCACACUGCAAAUGUUCAAGAUCCUGGCCCUAAACGCACUCAUCCUAGCCUAUUCUCAAAGCGUGCUGUACUUGGAUGGCAUCAAGUUCAGCGACUACCAGGCUACACUACAGGGACUCCUACAGGCCGCCUGCUUCCUCUUCAUCUCAAGGUCAAAGCCGCUGCCGGAGUUAAGCGCUCACCGACCUCUACCGAAUAUCUUCAAUAUCUAUACGGUUGCGACGGUGCUUCUACAGUUUGGUUGCCACUUUACCGCCCUGCUCUACCUGGUCAACCAAGCCAACCACCUGGACAACCACACUGCUAUAGGGGGGGCGGCGGUGGACCUGGAGAAGCAGUUUGAACCUUCUCUCCUUAACUCCACUGUGUACAUAAUCUCGCUGGCUCUCCAAGUAUCAACCUUCGCGAUCAACUACAGGGGCCGACCUUACAUGGAGGGGCUGAGCGAGAACCGGCCGCUCCUAUACAGCCUCAUGGGAGCCUUUGGUCUCAUCCUCGCUCUCUCCCUCGGCAUCUUCCCGGACUUUGGGAGGCAGUUUGAGAUCGUCGAGUUCCCGAGUGAGGUGAGAUUUGCCUCCAUUUUUCUCUCCUUUCCUCCGUCUCUCCAUCCUUUCCUCCGACACCAAAGAGUAGGUUAAUCUUUCCUCUUCCUC